AUGGAACGUUUGGAAAUUGAAGGAGUUUUUGGGGCGGUAAAUGCAUUUGCCGUAGAUGAUGCAGGUCAAUUUGCAUACUUAUUUGAUCCAAGGGUUGAUGCAACUAUUCGAAUUGACCUAAGAAAUGGUACCAAAAAUGUCUUAGUGUGGUACGAUCGUUCAUUCCGUCAUCGUCGAUGGUUGUGUUAUUGUAUGUUUGCUAUCGAGCAGUGUCAAACUACGUAUUUACCUACUUUAUUUUAUAAUACUAAACGUAAGCAUUUUGUAUUGGUUACGUUUGUUAUUGACGUAGACGGCAAAGUAUUAAACACGUAUGCAGAAAAUGUGAUAAACACUGACUGUAUUGAACUUGAAAAACUUGCUUAUAAUGCUCACAUGGACGAUAAUUUUAUACACAUAAUUUUCUAUGAACGUUUUACCAUACAUUCUUCACCAACAGAUGACACUAAGAGAUCGCUUUCUUAUUUAUAUUAUAACUAUAAUUGUAAAUCGCAUAAUAUUAGCAAUCGAAAAGGCUUAUUACCACAAGGCCAGUGGGAAUUACCUUUUGUUGCUCAUGAUGUGACAGUUUGGUGCAAUGCUUGGCGUGAUGGUAUAAGUUGGUAUGUGGUAAGCGAAAAAACUUCACGCACGAAUGGAAUCAUGCAGAAAAUUACUUUGUGGCAGUUGGAUGUGUUAGACUGUGCUUGGAGAUUACUUCCUGUAUUUAUUGAAACUAUGGCAUCAGUGCGUAAUUUUGCUCUUCGCAUAGAAAAUAAUAAUUUUGCUUAUUUGCAUAUUGAUUGGGAUCGAGAAGGCAUUUUUUACAAAUUUGAUCUUGUCGAACUGCUAUCUAAAAGAUCGGAUGGAGCUGUCGCAAGACGAAAAUUUGAGGAGAAAGUGAAAACCGAAAGUCCUACGGUUUCACCGGCUGAGAUAAUAUGCCCAGUCUGCCUCGAUACUUAUCGUGAUCCAAGAACUCUGAUUUGUGGCCAUACUAUUUGCUUCAGUUGUGUUCAGCAGAUGAAAAAUAUGGGAGAAAGUAAUAGCAUUCGUUGCUUUGCUUGUCGCAGGUCAACAGUUAUACCUGCUAGUGGAUUACCUGUCAAUUUCAGCUUGAAAGAUGCAAUUGAAUCGCUUAUAAAAGCGAAGCAGAUAAAAUUGUCUGGUCUUAGAUGUACCAGAUGUCGUCUGUCCUGCGAUGAUCAACAAUUAUGGAUUUGUUUACAGUGUGCUACUGAUAGCGAUGUUGAGCUGCAAUCAUGUGAAGGCAUAGCUCACUACGAAAAAAAAGCUAAACAGUAUGUAUUUUGCGCUCAGUGUAUAUUAAAACAACAUAAAAAGCAUAGACUUAUCGAGUACUGCGCUUUUCGAAAACGCUACAUAAGCGCCGAAAAAACGCAUGAGAAAUUCAAGAAGACCGUUGAAGAAAUGUUACAAAUUCUUAGUCCUUUACGGGAUUUAACAUUAGCAGAACUAAUUAAAGCGUGUGAUUUGCUUUCGAGGCCUGAUGAGAUGGAUAUCAAUAAUGAGAUUGAGUCCGUUCUUGGCACAUUCCAGAAACGAAUUAAAAAUAUUGUAGAUGACCUCGAAAUUUGUAUUAAGAAUGUUAUGCAAACGUGUUUACGACAAAAAGCAUUAACAACAGCAGAUGGACCUACAGAGCUAUGA